UCGAGUUUUUGCCUCGUAGCAUUGUUUGUAUAUUUAUAUAAGUGAUAAUAAAUUAUAAUUCGUUGCUGGAAGUUUUAAAAAAACUUCGUGAUGGCAGCGUCCAUCGAAAUCCCUCUCCGUGAUACGGAUGAGGUUAUAGAGCUGUACUCCGAUCAGCUUCCUGAUGGUGAUGAAGUGCUGGGUAUUUUGCGCCAAGAAAAUACCCAUCUUUCUAUUUGGGUUAACUUAGCGUUGGAGUACUACAAACAAAAUAAAAUCAGUGACUUCAUCAAAAUACUUGAGGCUUCUGUUGACGCAAAUGUCGAUUACCGUGACUAUGAGAAGGAUCAGAUGCGAGCACUUGACAUGCUUGCUGCACAUUAUGUGCAGGAAGCAAAUCGUGAGAAAAACAAAGAUAAGAAAAAGGACUUGUUCUCUAAAGCUACAGAUUUAUACACAACCGCAGAUAAAGUUAUCAUGUAUGAUCAAAAUCACUUGCUUGGCAGAGCAUAUUUCUGCCUUCUUGAAGGUGAUAAAAUGGAACAAGCUGAUGCACAGUUUAACUUUGUCCUCAAUCAGUCUCCUAAUAACAUUCCAUCACUUCUGGGAAAGGCUUGUAUUGCUUACAACAAGAAGGACUUUAGGGGUGCUUUGGCAUUUUACAAAAAAGCACUUAGGACUAACCCUAACUGUCCUGCUGCUGUUAGACUGGGGAUGGGACAUUGUUUUAUGAAAUUGAAUAACCAAGACAAAGCUAGAUUAGCUUUUGAGAGAGCCUUGCAACUUGACCCAAAGUGUGUAGGAGCCCUAGUAGGUUUAGCCAUUUUAAAACUCAAUUUACAACAACCUGACACAAUCAGAACAGGAGUACAGAUGUUGUCCAAAGCUUACACCAUUGAUUCUUCGAAUCCUAUGGUUCUUAACCACUUGGCCAACCAUUUCUUUUUCAAAAAGGAUUAUAAUAAAGUGCAACAUUUAGCAUUGCAUGCUUUCCACAACACAGAAAAUGAAGCAAUGAGAGCUGAAAGUUGUUAUCAACUAGCCAGGGCCUUCCAUGUACAGGAAGAUUUCAACCAAGCUUUCCAGUACUACUACCAAGCCACCCAGUUUGCACCAGCUGCUUUUGUGCUACCACAUUUUGGACUUGGACAAAUUUACAUUUUUAGAGGAGACACCGAAAAUGCUGCCCAGUGUUUUGAAAAAGUACUAAAGGCUCAACCAGGAAAUUAUGAGACAAUGAAGAUUUUGGGUUCAUUGUAUGCAAAUUCUUCGUCGCAGUCAAAACGUGACGUCGCCAAAAAUCAUUUGAAAAAGGUUACGGAACAGUUUCCCGACGACAUUGAAGCAUGGAUUGAAUUAGCACAAAUUUUGGAGCAAUCUGAUAUACAGGGAUCUCUAAAUGCUUAUGGUACGGCAAUCCAAAUUCUCAAAAAAGACGUACAAGCCGAAAUUCCCACUGAAAUAUUGAACAACGUGGGCUCGUUGCAUUAUCGCUUAGGUAAUCUGGAGGAGGCUAAGAAGAAUUUGGAGGAGGCACUGUUCAGGGCUCAGACAGAGGCUGCUGAGCAUGAUACACAGUAUUAUAACUCCAUUUCUGUUACAAUAACCUACAAUUUAGCAAGACUGAAUGAAGCACUCUGUUUGUUUGAUAAAUCAGAGAAGCUUUACAAGGAUAUCAUUAAAGACCAUCCAAAUUACAUUGAUGGCUACCUCCGGUUGGGUUGUAUGGCCCGCGACAAGGGUCAUAUUUAUGAAGCAUCUGACUGGUUUAAGGAGGCAGUAAAAAUCAACACUGAACAUCCAGAUGCAUGGUCACUUUUGGGCAACCUUCAUUUAGCCAAGGCUGAGUUGGGGCCUGGUCAAAAGAAAUAUGAGAGAAUUUUAAAUAACGACGCGACCGCCCAGGAUUCAUAUUCGCUUAUUGCAUUGGGCAAUAUUUGGCUACAAACGUUCCAUCAACCUACAAAAGACAAAGAGCGUGAAAAACGUCAUCAGGAACGAGCACUGUCGAUGUUUAAGCAGGUACUUAAAAUCGAUCCAAAGAACAUCUGGGCUGCAAACGGUAUAGGGGCGGUCCUCGCCCACAAGGGCCACGUCAACGAGGCUCGUGACAUCUUUGCACAAGUACGAGAAGCGACCGCCGAAUUCUGCGAUGUGUGGCUCAACAUUGCCCACAUCUACGUCGAACAGAAACAGUUCGUCAGUGCCAUACAAAUGUAUGAGAAUUGUCUACGAAAAUUCUUUAAAUACAACAACGUGGAAGUUCUACAAUAUUUAGCUCGAGCUUAUUACAAAGCAGGUAAACUGAAAGAAGCCAAAAUGGUUUUGUUGAAGGCCAGAAGGGUGGCACCACAAGAUACCGUACUUUUGUAUAACUUGGCGUUAGUACUUCAACGUUUGGCCACCUUUGUACUCAAGGAUGAGAAGUCCACCCUUCAAACUGUGUUGCAGGCUGUGCAUGAAUUAGGAUUGUCAUUAAAAUACUUUACAUACUUGGCUGAGUUCGGUGAUAAGAUGCAAUAUGACGUAACUUUGGCCGGCAUGGAAGCGAGACAGUGCAAGGAUCUGCUGUCCCAGGCCCAAUAUCAUGUGGCGAGGGCCAGAAGAGUCGACGAGGAAGAAAGACAGCUUCGCAGGAAACAAGAGGACGAACGUACGGCUUUCAAAAUGCGACAAAUGGAGGAACAGAAGAAGAUGGAAGAGGAACGACGGUUGACGAAGGAGCAAAUGCUGCAAAAACGUCAAGAAUACAAGGAGAAAACUAAAAAUGCUCUUGUUUUCAUGGAGAUGCCCUCAGAGAAGAAAACCAAAGGUAGAGGUAGAAGAGAUCAAUACGUCAGCGACUCAGGUAGUGACCAAGAAAAUCGGGGUGGAGAAUCGAGAGAGCCGAGAGAAAAGAAACAGAAGAAGGAACGAGGAAGAAAACGAAAAGGUAGCGGAGAUCGCAAAAAAGGAAAGGGUAGGAAACGGAAGGAGAGGAGCGACGACUCCGAUUCAGAUAAAAGUGAUAGGCCGAGGAAGAAGGGGAAGAAAAAAUCACUUAAGGAAGUCAAAAAGGAUGACGGGCUCAGCGCCAAGCAGAAAAGUCGUAUUGUGUCCAAGGCAACGAUUUCGAGUAGUGACGAUGACAGCGACGACGGAGGCAAACUUAAGAUUGCCAGUGGCGAUGAAAGUGACACAGGCACUAGAAGCAGGAAGAGGAGGAUUUCCUCAGGUUCGGACUCGAGCCGUUCUAGAUCCAGAUCCAAGAGCGGUUCCAGAAGCAAAUCAAGAUCCAAGUCGAAAAGUAGGUCUAGGUCCCGAUCGAAAAGCGGCUCAAGGAGUCGAUCUAGGUCGAAGUCCAAGAGUAGGUCGCGUUCCAGGUCGAAAAGCGGAUCUAGAAGUAGGUCUAGGUCUAGGUCUAAAAGCGAAUCGAGAAGCAGAUCGAGGUCGAAGUCAAAAUCGAGGUCUAGGUCUAGAUCUAAGUCUGGCUCUAGAAGUAAAUCUAGGUCAAGGAGUAAGUCUAAAUCAAGGAGUAGGUCUAGGUCAAGGAGUAAGUCUAGAUCAAGGAGCAAAUCGAAAAGCAGGUCUAGAUCUAGAUCCAAGAGUGGCUCAAGGAGCAAGUCGAGGUCUAGGUCUAAAAGUGGGUCUAGAUCUCCCGCAAGAAGUCGCUCAAAUAGUCGGUCGAGAUCCAGGAGUAGGUCAAAUUGAAUUUUUGUUAUGUUAUCGGUUUUUAAUUCAACAAAAUCAUUGUAAAGAGCUUUUUAGAAGUUUAUUAACGUUGAGGUUAAUAAACAUUAUUGAUUAUCAUAUUUUUGUAUAUGUAUUAUAAUCAAUGAUUGGUGUAAUAUAAGUGAAUAAAACAAUUAAGGACA